AUGAGCGCGUGCGCGGCGGCCGCCAUGCGCGAAAAGCACGCGGCGCCGCGCCGCCUCGCCUCACCGCCGUCCUCGCCCCUCGAGCGACAUCCAAGCCCUCUCGGCUCUCCUCGUGCUGACGAACCUCUCGACCUUAGAGUCACGCAUAAGCGUCCGCAACGAUUAGAAGAUGAAAACUGCAAUCUCAUCGUCCCCUCGCCGCCUCCUCACCCAACACACCCGGCUCAUCCAGCACAUCCAGCACUGCUACAAUUCUGCCGGCGGUUGCCUCUAGCUCUGCCAGCGUCUUUCGGCCGCUAUCCAUUCCUACCCGCAGCAGCAGCAACUCUCCUCGCACCCGGAGCUCCAAGAGCGCCUCCAGUUCCCCAAAACCCUGGAGUUAACCGAGCACGUGACCGUUACACAUGCUCCUAUUGUGGAAAAGCGUUCCCACGAAGUGCGAACUUGACAAGACAUUUACGGACACACACAGGCGAACAACCUUACCGUUGUAAAUACUGUGAACGAUCCUUCUCGAUAUCUUCAAACCUGCAAAGACAUGUGCGAAAUAUUCAUAAUAAGGAACGGCCGUUUCGAUGUCGUCAUUGCGACCGUUGUUUUGGACAGCAAACAAAUCUAGACAGGCACUUAAAGAAACAUGAAGCAGAAAAUGGAGAUGAUAGCCGUCGAAGAUCUCCAGAGGAGACCUACUUCGAAGAGAUUAGGUCGUUCAUGGGGCGCGUGGCUCCGAAUCGCCGAGCCGCUACAGCUGCUAGUGUGACGGACCAUACCUGAUAGUGACUCAAGAAAUAUUCCAUUGUACAAUAAUCUGGUCGAUACAUCCAAAUGACUGUUAUUUGUAAUUACAACUGUUCGUCAUUACCUGCUCGUAUGUGAGUUGAUGCUUGAUCAUUUGUGAGUUGCGCUGAAAAAUAAGACUUUUGAAGAUUUUACAAAAACAUUAAAAUAUGAUAUGUUUUUUGUUUCACUUUUUACAUUUAUGAUCAAUACGUAUUGUAUUCGAUAUUCCUAAUCGUUACCGAAUUUUCUUAUCUCACAAAAUGACGAAAUGAAAUGCAAAGAAAU